GAUUAGUCGACCCGGUGCAUUAAAAAUACAAAUGGAGAUAUGGAGAGAAAUAAAGUAUAGGGUUUAAGUAUACAGACAAAAGAAGUUGAACACACAUUAAUAAUGGCGAGUAGAAUAAGCUCUGUGUACACAGCAUCCAGGGGUUUAAGCAGGCUUCUUCAUCAUAAUUCAACAUGGGUUUUCUCUUGUCAACAAAACCCACUCAAACUAUUCAAAUUUACAAGCCCCUUCUCCAUCAAUGCCCCUCAUCAGAAUGUCGACAGGACCUCGAAAGAUGCUGGGAAAGAUGUUUCCUGGAAUCUGUGGGUUCCUAAUCAAUUUUCUGGUGGAACAUACGAGGCACUAGAAAAUUAUGGAAUUGACCUAACUGAGCUUGCUAGUCGUGGUAUGAUCGAUCCUGUCAAAGGCCGAGAAGAUGAUAUCGAGCGAUGCAUUCACAUACUGUCUCAGAAAACAAAGAAUAACCCAGUUAUUGUCGGCGCAGCUGGUGCUGGAAAAACCGCUAUUGCUGAAGGGUUAGCUCAAAGGAUUUCCCGUGGGGAUGUUCCUGAAUGUCUAAAGAACCGUCAGUUUUUCUCCAUAGAUAUAGGUUCAUUGCUUAUUGGUGCCAUGUACACUGGACAAUUUGAGGAAAGAAUUAAACACAUCAUAAGAGAAGUCACAGCUUCAAAUGGACAAAUUAUAUUGUUUAUUGAUGAGAUACAGACUGUGGUUGGUGCAGUUAAGGAUGUGAUUCGGACACGACGACAACGAAGCUGCAUCAUUUGUCUGGACCUAGUCAAUUUUAAUCACAUUAUGAGGCCGAAGAGUUAUGACAUUUGUUCCACCCUUCUUUGUCUGCGUUCAAAUUUUAUUUGGCAGAUAUUGACACUCUUGUGCUCAAAACAGCAGGACUGAACAGGAAACAGCCAGAAUCAAAAUGAAGCAUGAUGGAGUAUCGGAAUUGAGUUGUCGACUUCAGAAAUGCCUAUACUAGUGGGCAGAUCCAGCUAAACUUGGCAGAUGAAGAACGCAAUUAGCAUUUGUUUAGUGUAUAUAUAUGUCUCUAUUUAUUUUCCGGAUCAGAAUGUCUAUGGAGAUGCUUGUUCAACAUAUUAUGAUUUUGGAAAGCUUGCUUAUUUCCAUUGGUGUUUUAGUUCUCUA